CACCACAAGGGAACUCCCUGUUUGAUGAUUUUUGAUUGAAAGAGAGACUUUUGAACUCUACCUUGUUGGGUGCUAGGUAUUUUUUAUUUCCUCUAAGUAUUCUUGUGCUUUGCUUUGGGAUAUUUUGUUCUUGGAAAGCUUCACCCCUUGGGGGCUGUCUUUUAAGAUGUUAGGUAGGACUAGAGCAGCAUUUACUCUAAGAUUAAUUUUACGCACUACUGAGGCAAGACUUUUUGAGUUGUGAAUCAUGAGAUUCUCUGAUUUGGGGCCCAGGAUCACACCCUAUUCCUGGUCCUGCCUGUUCACUGGGUAUCUUUUCACUCUGCCUUGUGGGAGUAGGAACAUUUCUCUGCCCUGUGCAUUCCUUGGUGAUUGCCACCUCUGUGUAGGUGGUUCUUUGCCUGGCCAUGAGUAGCAUCCUCCUACUCAUGUGUUAGCCCACUGAAGACCAAAGCAGGACUUUUGCAGGUCUCCAGGGCUUCCUCUUUCUCUGGACAGCUCUCUUCCUUCUGGUAAUCUACUCUCAACUCCCCGCUGCUUUGGCCUUCCUGGUCUCCCACUUCCAUCUCCUAAGCUCAGGAAGUCUGCUGAGCUCCUCCUGGAUUACCCUUCUCUGCACUAGAGCCUGGCAACUCUUUCUAGUCCGUAAGCUGAGGCAAUCACAGUGCUUACCUCAUUUGUUUCCCUUUUCCUUUUGGACCGCUGUCCUGCACUGCUGCCUGUUUUAUGUACUUCGCUUGCUCUUGUUGUCUUAGCAGAUGAGUAAAUUCAGCCCUUGUUGCUACACCUUGACUGGCUAGACUGGAUCUGGAUUAUUAUAAAUUAUUGUGGUUCUGUUGAUAAAAGAUUGCCAAGGGUGUCACUUGUUUCCAAAACAAUUCUCAUUAAGUAAUACUAAACACAUUGCAUUCCACAUCUCCUGCAAGUACAGUAAACUCUUGUGCAAUGUGUGUUAUAGAAGAGUUCCCUGUAGAAGAAGUUUAUGUAGGACACCCUAAUUUUCCUCUCUGGCUUACCUGUUCAUUCCUGUAAUGGUCUACUUCACUUCUCAUUACUUUCUCUUUAGCAGUGACUUCAAAUCCUGCGACUUUCCUCUAUUUUCUCCCUUUUCUUUCUCUUUCUCUCUUAAUUUUAUUAGAAUAAAAUCUACAUACAAAGUUGUGUUAACUCUCUUUAGCGUCAGGGACUAGUAAUCUGUACACACAUUUCAUUACAUGUUGGAACGAGAAUUCAUCUCAUUCUAUUCAACACAUGCCUUGCGUUCUUAGGUGUGUGUUUGGAGCUAAGGUGUGUCUAGGGGUUGAAUAAAGACAGUGUCCUUGAUUUCAAGAAGCUCAAAGCCUUUUUUUUUUUUUUCUUUUUUGUCUUUCGUCUUUUUAGGGCCGCACCCACAGCAUAUGGAGGUUCCCAGGCUAGGGGUCAUAUUAGAGCUGUAGCCGCUGGCCUACGCCAGAGCCAUAGCAAUGUGGGAUCGGAGCCGCAUCUGCGACCUACACCACAACUCACAGCAAUGCCGAUCCUUAACCCACUGAGCAAGGCCAGGGAUCGAACCUGCAACCUCAUCGUUCCUAGCCGAUUCGUUAACCACUAAGCCAUGACAGGAACUCCUCAAAAACCUUUUUUUUUCAAUGAAUAACCAUUCCUGCUGUUUUGAAUUGUUUGGGGAUGGAUUUAUUAACAGAAAUUUGCAAGAAAAGGAAUUCUUGCUUUUCUUCUCGUUCCUCAGCUUGGACAAGUAUUUACUGAUGUUUACCAUAACAAUGUAUGGUAGUGUUACCCAAGAAACUGAAGCAUUGAUGAUGAGUUCAUGAUCUUGUGGAAGAAUGACAGAAAUUGAUAAAAACCCAAGGUGUGGCACCACAGUAAAUCUGAGAUUUCACAGGACAGAGUGAUUAUGAUGGGCUGAAGAGAUUUGGGGAGGCAUGGAGACCUAGUUCAGGAAAGAACCAGAAAAUUUAGGGGAGUGGUGUGAACAUAAUUUGGAGUAUAGGUGCCCAUGGUUUGACUAGGGACAAUCUGAGAGGCUCGGAAAAAGUAGAGGCCUAUCUGUGCAAGCCUUAGAUGCCAGGCUCAGGCAUUUGGACUGUGGGCAGCUCUGGAUGUUUUUUUGGUGGGUGGACAUGGGCAGAGAUUGUUUAGAAGAGAGGGUUAGGGUUCCCGUGUGCAGAGAGGAGGACUGGUGGCAGGUGUGAGGGCAGGGACUAUGCCUUAACGAUCUUUGUAUCCUCAGCUGCUAGUUCAUACUUAAUGUCUGUUGCUUAAGUGCCUGCAAAGGUUAUCUUUUUCCUUCUAAAUUGCUAAUCUCUUGAUAACCAAUGGCCUUGGCAAUGGCAUGACAAAUAUUGUGAAAGAAAUUCUUUGUGCCGCUGGUUAUUUUGUUUCAACGACUGAGGGUCGGGACAUUUGGACUCAGGCUUUUCCAAGCCUCAUUUGUUUCUCUUUUUUUUUGUCUUUUUUGUUGUUGUUGCUGCUAUUUCUUGGGCCGCUCCCGCGGCAUAUGGAGGUUCCCAGGAUAGGGGUUGAAUCAGAGCUGUAGCCACCGGCCUACGCCAGAGCCACAGCAACGCGGGAUCCGAGCCGCGUCUGCAACCUACACCACAGCUCAUGGCAACGCCGGAUCGUCAACCCACUGAGCAAGGGCAGGGACCGAACCCGCAACCUCAUGGUUCCUAGUCGGAUUCGUUAACCAUUGCGCCACGACGGGAACUCCUGUUUCUCUUUUAAUUCAUUUUCUUUCUUUAAGGCAACUCAGACUCUGGAAAAUUACACAGCAGGGCCAUUCCUAAUCCCCACCUCCCUCAUGCUUAAUAAAUUCUGCAGCGAUUUACAAAUCUCAAAAAAGGCAGCCCACACCUACACAAGUAAGCCCAGACUGCCCACGUGCACACUCCCAGGAGAGGCUGGCGGAGAACUCCCAGACGGGCAGCGUUCACACAAUGCAGACAGGUGCACACACACUCAGUGACUCAGCGCCCAGGCAGAAGCACCGCGCGUUUAGGCAGCACACACUGGACUUGGCCACACGGGCACACUUGUGGGCGCACCUUCUACACUCAGAUCCAUCCACAGCACGCAAGGCCACCAGCCAUCCGAAGAAGCCCCGACCCCUGGCCCUCGCCCGCGGGGAAGUGGCCAGUUCGUGGCUCAGCACGUCACUCCGGGCGCCCGUUGCGUCAUCAGGGCGCGACUGGCAGCCGCGCCGGCGGAGAAUUGAAGUACGGGCAGCUGCAGAGCUGAAGCCGGCGGAGCUGCGGGCGCGAGCGGCCGGGGCGGGAGCGGGCUGCGGGAGGCUGCUCAGGCCGGGAGCGCCGGGACAGUACAUGAUUUGGAAGUUACUCUUUGUGACAUGGAUGAAUCUGCACUGACGCUUGGCACAAUAGACGUUUCUUAUUUGCCAAAUUCAUCUGAAUACAGUAUUGGUCGAUGUAAGCAUGCAAGUGAGGAAUGGGGUGAGUGUGGUUUCAGACCACCUGUCUUCAGAUCUGCAACCUUAAAGUGGAAAGAAAGCCUAAUGAGCCGGAAAAGGCCCUUUGUGGGACGAUGUUGUUAUUCCUGUACUCCUCAGAGCUGGGAUAGAUUUUUCAACCCCAGUAUCCCAUCUUUGGGUUUGCGGAAUGUUAUUUACAUCAAUGAAACUCACACAAGGCACCGAGGAUGGCUGGCAAGACGUCUUUCUUACGUGCUUUUCAUUCAAGAGCGAGAUGUCCAUAAAGGCAUGUUUGCCACCAACGUGACUGAAAACGUACUGAAUAGCAGUAGAGUACAAGAGGCAAUUGCAGAAGUGGCUGCUGAAUUAAACCCUGAUGGUUCUGCUCAGCAGCAGUCAAAAGCGGUCAAUAAAGUGAAGAAGAAGGCCAAAAAGAUCCUUCAAGAAAUGGUUGCCACUGUCUCACCGGCAAUGAUCAGACUAACUGGAUGGGUGCUGCUAAAACUGUUCAACAGCUUCUUUUGGAAUAUUCAAAUUCACAAGGGUCAACUUGAGAUGGUUAAAGCUGCAACUGAGAUGAAUUUGCCGCUUAUAUUUCUACCAGUUCAUAGAUCACAUAUUGACUAUCUCCUGCUCACUUUCAUUCUCUUCUGCCAUAACAUCAAAGCACCUUACAUUGCUUCAGGGAAUAAUCUCAACAUCCCCAUCUUCAGUACCUUGAUCCAUAAGCUUGGGGGCUUUUUCAUACGACGGAGGCUAGAUGAGACGCCAGAUGGACAGAAAGAUAUUCUCUAUAGGGCUUUGCUCCAUGGGCAUAUAGUUGAACUACUUCGACAGCAGCAGUUCUUGGAGAUUUUUCUGGAAGGCACACGCUCUAGGAGUGGAAAAACCUCCUGUGCUCGGGCAGGACUUUUGUCAGUUGUGGUAGAUACUCUCUCCACCAAUACCAUCCCAGACAUCUUGAUAAUACCUGUUGGGAUCUCCUACGAUCGUAUUAUUGAAGGUCAUUACAAUGGCGAGCAAUUGGGAAAACCUAAGAAAAAUGAGAGCCUCUGGAGUGUAGCGAGAGGUGUUAUCAGAAUGUUACGAAAAAACUACGGAUGUGUCAGAGUGGACUUUGCCCAACCAUUUUCCUUAAAGGAAUAUUUAGAAAGCCAAAGUCAGAAACCUGUGUCUGCUCCGCUUUCUUUGGAGCAAGCAUUGUUACCAGCAAUCCUUCCUUCAAGACCCAGUGAUGCUGUUGAUGAAGGUACAGACAUGUCCAUCAAUGAGUCCAGAAACGGCGACGAAUCCUUCCGAAGAAGACUCAUUGCAAAUCUGGCUGAGCACAUUCUCUUCACGGCUAGCAAGUCUUGUGCCAUUAUGUCAACCCAUAUCGUGGCCUGCCUGCUCCUCUACAGACACAGGCAGGGAAUUGAUCUCUCCACGUUGGUGGAAGACUUCUUUGUGAUGAAGGAGGAAGUCCUGGCUCGUGAUUUUGACCUGGGUUUCUCAGGAAAUUCAGAAGAUGUAGUCAUGCAUGCCAUACAGCUGCUGGGAAACUGCAUCACGAUCACCCACACCAGCAGGAAUGAUGAGUUUUUUAUUACUCCCAGCACAACGGUCCCGUCAGUCUUUGAACUCAACUUCUACAGCAAUGGGGUACUCCACGUCUUUAUCAUGGAGGCCAUCAUAGCCUGCAGCCUCUAUGCAGUUCUGAAGAAGAGGGGCUCAGGAGGGCCUGCGUCUCCCAGCCUGAUCAGCCAGGAGCAACUGGUGCGGAAGGCCGCCAGCCUGUGCUACCUGCUCUCCAACGAGGGCACCAUCUCUCUCCCCUGCCAGACAUUUUACCAAAUUUGCCAUGAAACAGUAGGCAGGUUUAUCCAGUACGGCAUUCUCACAGUGGCAGAGCAAGAUGAUCAGGAGGAUAUUAGUCCCAGUCUUGCUGAGCAGCACUGGGACAAGAAGCUCCCUGAACCUCUGUCAUGGAGAAGUGAUGAGGAAGAUGAAGACAGCGAUUUUGGUGAGGAGCAGCGAGAUUGCUACCUGAAGGUGAGCCAAUCCAAGGAGCACCAGCAGUUCAUCACCUUCCUGCAGAGGCUCCUUGGGCCAUUGCUGGAGGCUUACAGCUCUGCUGCCAUCUUCAUUCACAACUUCAGUGGUCCCGUCCCGGAGCCUGAGUACCUGCAGAAGCUGCACAAAUACCUGAUAAACAGAACAGAAAGAAGAGUUGCAGUAUAUGCUGAGAGUGCCACAUAUUGUCUUGUGAAGAACGCUGUGAAAAUGUUUAAGGAUAUUGGGGUUUUCAAAGAGACCAAACAAAAGAAAGUGUCUGUUUUAGAACUCAGCAGCACUUUUCUACCUCAGUGCAACCGGCAGAAACUCCUGGAAUAUAUCCUGAGCUUUGUGGUGCUGUAGGUAACUCCUGGCACCUCUGCAGGUGAAGGGUGUGGGAUGAGUCCUUCGUAGGCUCCAGCCUCUGGCUCGAGAGUGGAAGGUGCUGUGGUGUGGUCGGGCCUGGCCUGUCCUGAUGCGACCUCCUGGAAGACAAGUGCCUUCUCCCCUCCAUGGUCUGUGCCCAUCCGACUCCGAGAUGACACAGCCGCCUACAGAUCCCACUGUGGGGCCUCCGCCCCCAGUCACAGUUCAUAAUCAAGAGAUGACAAGAUGAAAUCGCAAAUGAUUAUUUUGGAGUUGAUUGAAGAUUGACAUUUUAAGUAUAACAGUUAAGGACUAAUUACUGUGAUGGACACAAAAAUGUAGUUGAUUCUAGAACUGAGUCUUGUAUAGUGUACUUAAUGCUGUCAGGUAAUUUGUUGGUAUAUUUUCUGAUUAAUGGUUAAUGCUUCCUUUAAAGAUAAUUGUGUCAUCCAUCCACUGUUUUUUGUUUGUUUUUGUCUUUUCGGUUUUAUCUUUGUCAGUCGUAGCUAAAUUUUCAAGGGGAACACUUUUCAUCCCAAGUGCUUUACAAAUGAAGGGCGAAUGCACGUCACACCCAGGUAUCACUGUGCUGUCCUCUGCAGUCAGAUUUGGAAAGCAUCUUGAGAGCUACGUGGAGACACAAUAUUCAUUUAGGUCAGGAGUACAGAUAAUGUGACCAAACAGCUAACACCAGGAAGUAAAUUCAGGGUAAACGUGGCCAGAAAACUGACUUUGAAAAAAUGAAAACGUGCCACUGAGUUGUAAAUGACCAGCGAGUAUUUAGGGACAACUCCUGUUUUAUGUCUGUAUCCUUUCCCACCCUUCAGAUGGUACCUGCCCCUCCCAGGUACAGCUGUUUCUCAGAGAGAGCCACUGUCCUAACGCAUUCACUUGGCCUGAGAGCCUGUGUUAUCCUAAAGUGCUCUGGCUGCAGGCAGCCGACCCAGGCGUCUCCUGCCCUGCAGACAGGUCAUGCACUGCAUGCCCCUCUUCUGGCUGGUACCCACUCAAGUUGGGCACAGUACAACCUGUGCAGUAUAUGUGAUGGGCCUGCGGUUUGGCACAUGGUUGGAGGCAUUUAUGGAUUUUUUUUAGCUGUGAGGAAAAAUCAUGGUUCCUUAAAAAACAUGUGUGGAUUAUAUUCCGAAACUCCGAUGUCACAUAGUGGCAAAUAACUAUGAAUUGUUCAUAACAGGUAGGUGCCUUUCUGUGAGCAGGGGUCGUAAUUAUUAACCAACUGUGGUAAUUAUGGUGAUUUCUUAAAAAUCAUGUGAUAUUAAACAUUUUCUAACAGCUUACUGUUCCUUCUCUUCUCUCCAUGAUAUUAUGGAAUCAGGAAUUCUUCCUGGUGAAUGUUGUAGAUAGUCUUUGCAUUUAAUAGAAAAGUACUGAGAAUCAAGUUUGUAUUUUCAUCAGCGUGGGUUUUAAACACUCAUACGGUCUCCUGACUAGUCUGUGUGUGUUGGGAGAGGGAGAGAUACUCAUUGGUAUUUCACAGUGUAUGAAAUUUUUGAAACUCAGAGCAAUAAUGCUAUGCUGUUGUGAUUUUCUUCCAUUCUUCUCAAAUUCUACUGUUAAAAUAUAUGUUUUCCUUAUAGGACUCCCUGCUGUUGAGCCAUUGUCAGUGUUGCGGUGACUCUGGGGUGGAGUGGGGUCCUCACUGGUUAGCAUUCCAUUUUCCUAAGGAGAAUGAGCCCUGCGACUGGGGGAACAGCCGGGAGGCUUGUGUAUCCCCUUGUGUGUUCCUUAUCUAGGCAAGCAAACGCUUCACUUUUCUUCAUCCUCUAAAUUAUAGACGGAGGAUUUCUCAGCCUUUUUAAGUCAAGGUUGGGACUGCUGCUCUGCCUGUGACUUCUGCUAAGAGCUGCUGAUGCACCAGCCUGACCAGGGGACCAUGGCUUCUCUGGCUUUAUUUUCCCUUUCAGUUGGUUUGUUUUCUAGAAAUCUAAUCAGAUGCUUUGGGGAAUGCAAUGUGUGAUUUGCUAGCUCUCUCGCCACUUUAACUCACUGUGAGAAUAAAUAUGCAUGCUUUCUGUAAUUAACUGGUGCUUUGAAAACCUUUUUUAAGGAAGACAAAUCUCAACCAAAGUUCUGCUCAUCCGGACAAGCUCACCCUCGAGUUAAUUUUAGCACAGCUCAUUCUUCAGUGCCUCAUUACUGAACGAACAUCCAUCAUCCCAGUAAGGCUUCCAGAUAGCACUGUUUUGCUAAAAGAUUUAUUCUUAUUGUUUUCCAAAAGCGAAUGGCUUUCAUGUAAGAUUAAACAAACUAGGUGCUUAUAAAUAAUUUAUUACAGUUUACUCUGUUGCAUUUCUAUGAAACUGAAAUGCAUGCCCUCCAGGGAAAGGCAGACUGUGAAUCAGGUUAAAAAGCAAACAAAAAGACCCGAUAAUAAGCAAUAUGAAACUGCUCUCUUUCACAACGAGAAGUUCCUAAGUGAUUCAGAAGAGGAGAAGAAAAUUUUGCUCUCAAAACUUUAAGAAAAAAGGAAAGAACUAGCAUGAAAUGUGUAGGACUAGCAACAGAGAAAGUGCUAUGAGACUUGCUUCUCAGAUCUGUGAACUCUCACAAAGUCACAAGAGCGAGUGGAGAAAAUAAGUUAGGGACUGCAAUGACUGUGGGAUUUCCAAUCUGAAGGGAAAAGCAUUCCCCAGAGUUCUCCAUGCGUAUGAGUGCUCUGUGAGAUGUUCCUAGGUGUUUUGUAAAAAAAGUGUUGCUGGUAACAUCAAUUUGCACAUGGACCCUCUUUCCUAGAAAUUCACAGUGCACUUGUAAGGGCUUCAGGGUCUGCCAGUACCAAGCCUGUUUAACCCAGCAUUUCCCAAUCCAUGUGACCCCAGGGCCUUUUUCUCCUUGGGGACACCUAUGGACCUCUCAUUAGGUUCAUAGAAGACAUUUUGGGAAACACUAUGUCAGGUGGUUCUUUAAGGGGACAAAAUAACUCCCAGAUGGCACGGAGGCAGAAUUUGCAUACAUUUUGUAAAUCAAAUGUUGCAUUUAAUGGAUGUAUAUUUCCUCUCCUAGAGACGAUAAGCACAGAAAUCGAUAAUACAGUUGGUCAGAGCUCUUUCCUUAAUGAUUAUGGGUUCUUUUCACUGAAAGUAGCAAAAUAAACACUAGGAUUAAUUGAGGUAAAAAAUUAAGAUUGUAAUUCAGAUCUGGAAGAAAUUAUUGCACAAUUGAAUGCAGCUUUUUAUCCACAGGUAGUUCUAGCGUUUAGAAAUGAUAGGACUUACCACUGAGGUUUAUAAGACUUAAUUUGGCUGUAAAUCUGUUUUUUAAAACACUCUUUGUAGGAACUUGAGACUUGGCAUCUGGCAUUUUAGUUUAAUACAAACUAAUGAUUGCAUUUGAAAGAGACUUUUGACUCUACUGGUAAACAUCUAAACUCUGAAAUGCCUUGAUGGAAGGUGUUAAACUAUUUGCCUGUUGUACAAAGAAAUGUUAGAUUGUUGUAGAAAGAUGUACUAUAAAGUACCGGAAAAAUGACAUGGUGUGACGUCACGAGUGAAACUUCUAUGGAAACUUUUUUUAUGCCUGUUAAUAUAUUGUAAGACACACAGAAGUGUAGUUUUGUUUUAAUAAACCGAAAAGUGAAUGUA